AUGGCACGACCCUCCAACCCCCAGCGCAAGCCCGCGUCGGCCCUCAAGACGAACUACCUCGUCCUCUACAACGUCGUCUCCGCCUUUGCCUGGUCCGUCGUCCUCUCGAGCACCGUCAAGGCCGUCACCACGCGCGGACCGACCCAUGUCCUCGCCGAGGUGGGCGAGUGGACAAAGUGGACGCAGACGGCCGCCGCCCUCGAGAUCCUGCACUCUCUGCUCGGCAUCGUGCGCGCCCCCGUCUUCACGACCAUCAUGCAGGUCUCCUCCCGCCUCCUCCUCGUCUGGGGCAUCGUCCACCCCUUCCCCCACGUCGCCCUCGACCCCUUCUACGCCUCCAUGCUCCUCGCCUGGUCCCUCACCGAGGUCAUCCGCUACUCCUUCUUCGCCGUCACCCUCUCGGUCGGCAACGACGCCUUCUACCCCAUCACCUGGCUGCGCUACAACACCUUCUUCGUCCUCUACCCCGUCGGCAUCACCAGCGAGUGCAUGCUCAUCUACAAGGCCAUGGAGCCCGCGACCAAGGCCUACGGCCCGGCCGCGUACUACGCGCUCGCCGGCGUCCUGGCUGUCUACGUGCCUGGCUCGUACAUCCUCUUCACGUACAUGAUGAAGCAGAGGAGCAAGGUCAUGCGCGGCUUGAAGCAGAAGGACGGCAAGGCGACGCAGUAA